UGCCUGGAUGACAACGAACUGGCUCAGCAAGAAGACUGGACCCUGAGACAAAUAUUCGAUCAUCGCGUAGAGCGACCGUGCUGUAAAGUCACGAAGGUGGCAAAGGAGUUGGAGCGGAUGAAAUUGACGAAUCAUCCUGGAGGUCCUGGUGACCUACGAUGGCGUACGAUUGACAGCGCUCCCGCGAUUCGUCAAUACUUGAAGACGCUUCAUAUGGAAAUAAGCAGCUCACCGCCGUGCCUUUCCUCGUUCAUAGCCGAUGAUGUAAAAUUAGCGUCAUAUGUAGCUCAACACGUCGGUAAUAUGCCGUUGGCUAAUCGACUGGAUAUUGAAGCCUACAGACUGGAGCAUAUAGCGGAAUUG